UCCUCCUCCUCCUCCUCCUCGCUUGCUCCCUCCCUCCCGGCCCCCCCUCGGCGCGAGCGGAGCGCGGAGUCACCGCGGCGCACAGACGGGCCCGGCGGCGGCGGCACUCGCACACAAUGGCGCUGAAACGCAUCAACAAGGAACUCAGUGACUUAGCCCGUGAUCCUCCAGCACAGUGUUCAGCAGGUCCCGUUGGAGAUGACAUGUUUCAUUGGCAAGCCACAAUUAUGGGACCUAAUGACAGUCCAUAUCAGGGUGGUGUAUUCUUCUUGACAAUUCACUUUCCUACAGACUACCCUUUCAAACCACCUAAGGUUGCAUUUACAACAAGAAUCUAUCAUCCAAAUAUUAACAGUAAUGGCAGCAUUUGUCUUGAUAUUCUAAGAUCACAGUGGUCUCCUGCUUUAACUAUUUCUAAAGUUCUCUUAUCCAUUUGUUCACUGUUAUGUGAUCCAAAUCCAGAUGACCCACUAGUGCCAGAGAUUGCACGUAUCUAUAAAACAGACAGAGACAAGUACAACAGAAUAUCUCGGGAAUGGACUCAGAAGUAUGCCAUGUGAUGCUACCUUAAAGUCAGAAUAACCUGCAUUAUAGCUGGAAUAAACUUUAAAUUACUGUUCCUUUUUUGAUUUUCUUAUCCGGCUGCUCCCCUAUCAGACCUCAUCUUUUUUAUUUUUUUGUUUACCUCCUUCCAUUCAUGCACAUGCUCAUCUGAGAAGACUUUAGUUCUUCCAGCUUUGGACAAUAACUGCUUUUAGAAUCUGUAAAGUAGUUACACAAGAACAAUUGCCCAAGAUUCAGAUUUUUUUUUUUAAUGGAGCAUGUGUAUUAUGUGGCCAAUGUCUUCAUUCUAAGUUGGUUAUGAGAUUUAAAAACAAACAUUCCUCACUGCUCUAACAGAUACUGAAGAUAUCACCUGAAGGGGGGAGGGGAGAUGGAUGUUCAUUUUUCUCCCGUCAAAGAAGUAACAUUGCUGUAGCAACAUCCAUCUUGUUCCAAACCUUCCAGUGUUAGAGAACUGAGGUUUUAUUACAUACUUUUGCUCAUAACUGAUGUGUCUGGAGAAUUGGUACUGAAUCUAUAGCAUCAGCAGAACAGAAAAUGUGAUGUAUCUUAUGCAUGUCAAUAAAUGAAUGACCAGUUCUUGUUUUACAGAGAAUGGAAAUUGGAAGUCAAACAUCCCUUGUAUUCCAAAAUAGGGUCUAAGAACAUUUUUGUAAUUCAUUUAAAUUUUGUUAGGAGGCCUGGAGCUAUUAGUUAAUCUGUCUUCCAAAACACUGUUUAAUAUAGCACUGAAUAAAUGAUGCAAGUUGUCAAUGGAUGAGUGAUCAACUAAUAGCUCUACUAGUAAUUGAUUUUAUUUUCUUCAAUAAAGUUGCAUAAACCAAUGAGUUAGCUGCCUGGAUUAAUCAAUAUGGGAAACAAAAUCUUUUGUAAAAGCAAAGCUGGUUUUUGUAUAUACUGUUGGGAUUUGCCUCAUUGUUUAACAUCGAAUAAUGAUGUAAAGUUCAAUAGAGUGAAUCUUUUGCCGUUUUCAGUUAUAAUGCUCAGUCUGUUGCAGGUUGACACAUUGUUCGGCCUGAUGUAUGCAGAAUUAAUAAGCUAAUAUAGUAGUGUAGCCUUAGUAGCGUGCUACACUUGGUGCUGGGAGCCCAGCGUUCAAGGAUGGACUUGGGACCCAGCAGAUCUGAAGUGGUGUAUUGUGGAGAUACUUCCUGGUGCACCUGUGUUUGCUGACUGAGAACCUUUUUCUUCGCCUUGUACACUUGACAGCUGAAAGAUCUUAAUGUGGGAGUAAUCAUGAGGCAAAAAAAUAUAAAAUAAAGUACUGUUUUGAUGUGGGAAUUGUCAUGAGGCUGUGUUGAAGUGACUUUACUAUGUGGGAUGUUCGUUACCAUUGAAAAGGACUUGUUCAGCCAUGCUGCCAUUUACAUUGACUAUUUUAAUGCAACAGACACUUUCCUCAUGUCAGGUGACUAAACAUAAAUAAAGACUCGUUGCUAUUGGA